AUGAGGAACAAAAUCAUUCGUAGGUUGAAGAUUUCGUUUUUUUUUCUACGAGAAACAUUUUCUUUCUUUCUUUGUACUUUCUUUCUUUCGUUUUUUCAUUCUUGCUUUCGUUUUUGUCAGGGAGAACAUUUUAACCAGGGAUUUCGCGCCUUCUUUCUUUCUUACAUAUUUUAUUUUUCAUUCUUACAGAUUUUAUUUUUCUUUCUUUCUUUCUUUCUUUCUUUCUUUCUUUUACUAAACGACUUCCUUUAUAUCUGUCUUUCUUUAGUUCACUGUCUCUUCUUUCUCUCAUUUUUUCUUUAUUUUUUGCUUGUUGUCUUUCUUUUAACCAGAACUCUUUCUCUCUUUUCUUUCUUUCUUUCUUUCUUUCUUUCUUUCUUUCUUUCUUUCUUUCUUUCUUUCUUUUACCUGUACUUUCACGCCGUCUUUCAGUUUCUUUCUUUUUUUUCUCUCUCUCUCUCUUUUCGUUUUAGUUUUUCUUUAGUGUCUCCAGUUGAUUUUUCUAUCCUUUGUAUUCCUCUUUCUUUCUUUCUUUCUUUCUUUCUUUCUUUCUUUCUUUCUUUCUUUCUUUCUUUCAUUGCUGCUUUCUUUUUUUUCAGGAAGAACGUUUUAACCAGAGAUUUCGCGCUUUCUUUCUUAGAUAUUUUAUUUUUCUUUCUUUCUUUCUUUCUUUCUUUCUUUCUUUCUUUCUUUCUUUCUUUCUUUCUUUCUUUUACUAAACGACUUUCUUUGUUUCUGUCUUUCUUUAUUUCAUUGUCUUUUCUUUCUCUCAUUUUUCUUUAUUUUUUGCUUGCUCUCUUUCUUUGA